AUGGGAACCGUGCUGUCUUUGUCACCCAGCUACCGAAAGGCGGCUCUGUUUGAGGACGGACCGGCCACCGUGGGCCACUACACGGCCGUCCAGAACAGCAAGAACGCCAAAGACAAGAACCUGAAGCGCCACUCGCUCAUCAACGUCCUCCCAUGGAAGCGGAUUGUAGCGGUGUCGGCCAAGAAGAAAGGCUCCAAGAAGGUGCAGCCCAACGGCACCUACCAGAACAAUGUCACCCACCUCAACAAUGAGAACCUGAAGAAGUCCCAGUCCUGCGCCAACCUCUCCACCUUCACCCAGGAUCAGAGCACUCCAGCUCUCACCAAGACCUCCAACAACACAGUAUCGUCUGUCAAGAAGGCCCCUCUGGCCAACUCCAAUGUGGCCCCCGGGACUCCUAAGAGAGUGAUCGUCCAGGCCUCCACUAGCGAGCUGCUGCGUUGCCUUGGGGAGUUUCUGUGCCGGCGUUGUUACCGACUCAAACACCUGUCCCCUACUGAUCCCGUGCUGUGGCUGCGCAGCGUGGACCGCUCCUUGCUGCUGCAGGGCUGGCAGGACCAAGGAUUCAUCACUCCUGCUAACGUAGUCUUUGUCUACAUGCUGUGCCGUGACGUGGUUUCCUCCGAGGUCGCCACGGAGCACGAGCUGCAGGCCGUGCUCCUCACCUGCCUCUACUUGUCUUACUCCUACAUGGGCAACGAGAUCUCCUACCCGCUCAAGCCCUUCUUAGUGGAGAGCUCCAAGGAGACCUUCUGGGACCGCUGCCUGUCCAUCAUCAACCUGAUGAGCGCAAAGAUGCUCCAGAUCAACUCCGACCCGCACUACUUCACUCAGGUGUUCGCCGACCUGAAGAACGAGAGCCAGAAGGAGGAGGAGAGGAGCCGCUUGCUCAUCGGCCUGGACCGGUGA